AUGGAUGGUCCAGAGCCGAGCUGGCUGGUGAAUCACUCGCUUCCCUUUCCACUGGGCUCUGCUCAAUAUUCUGAGCUCAGACUUGACAGGAAGGGCUCCUGCCUGCAGCUCACUGCCAUGAGGAAUGUGAACAUCAUCCUGCAGCACUACAACUUCACAGGCAAGCUGACCAACCGGCACUCCGGGGACGAGGGCAUGGGUCUCAUCCGCACCACCUUUGUCAUCGUCAGCUGCUCCAUCAUCCUGGAGAACCUGCUGGUGCUGCUGGCCAUCCUGCGCUGCCUGCGGGCCCGCCGCUGGGUCUACUCCUGCAUUGCCAGCAUCACCGUGAGCGACCUGCUCGCAGGGAUCGCCUACCUUUCUAAUCUCUGCCUCUCGGGCAAGAAGACCUUCCAGCUCUCACCUCAGCUCUGGUUCCUGCGGGAAGGCAUCCUCUUCGUCGCGCUGGCUGCCUCCACCUUCAGCUUGCUGGUGACGGCCAUCGAGCGCUACAGUGCCAUGGUGAGGCCGAUCGCUGAGAACGAAGCCAGCAAGACCCUGCGCUUACGGGGCCUGAUCGUGUCCUGCUGGCUGCUGGCCUUGGUCAUCGGGCUGCUGCCGCUGCUGGGCUGGAACUGCCUCUGCGACUUCAACGCCUGCUCCGUCCUCCUGCCUCUCUAUGCCAAGAACUACAUCCUUUUCUCCGUAGUCAUGUUCAGCAUCAUCCUCCUGGGGAUCAUCGGCCUUUAUAUCUCCAUCUUCCAGCUGGUCCAGGCCAGUUCUAAGCAAACCAGCUCUCGGCACAGCCGCAAACGGUCCCUGCGCUUGCUCAAGACUGUGCUGAUGAUCCUGGGCGCCUUCAUUAUCUGCUGGAGCCCCCUCUUUGUCCUGUUGCUCUUUGAUGUCUUCUGUGAGACCCAGACCUGCAAACACCUGCACAGCCUGGACUGGACCUUGGCUCUGGCCAUGCUCAACUCAGCCAUCAACCCCGUCAUUUACUCUCUGCGGAGCGUGGAGGUUCGUCGGGCCGUGGGGAGCCUGCUGUGCUGCUGCUGUGUCAGGGUCGGGCUUUGCAAGGCCGGGAGCUGCGUGGUCAUCACGGACAUCAACUCCGGCUCGUCCACAGAGAGCUCCCUGCGCUACCGCGAGAGCUUCCGCAGCUCGGUGGCGCUGAACGCCCGGCCCAGGGCUCCUCUCUCCAGCAACUCCAGCAUGAUGAGCAACCUCCCCAGCCUCUGA